GACGCAAGGUCGACGCAAAGCUUCCUUUUGUGGCGGCUUUUACCUUUUUGUGAGGGCUUUUGCCCCACACUAAAUCGCCAUAUUCUAGUAGUGUUUGUUGCAUUCUCUUGACGGCAUUUGAAUUUAGGAACUCAUUAUUCAAGCCUCUACAGACGAUGUCCCACUUUGAUAUUUUUGCACCAACUCUUUUGCAGCAGCCCGUGAUACCUCUAAAACGUCAUUCUAAAACAGCCACUCCCCAGCAGGAAGACCAAAAGCAAACAGCAUCUGAAGAAAAGUUUUUGAAAUUCUUCCAAAUUCAGGUUCAAGAGAUCCUCACAACCCUUUGUGAGAUCUCCAAUCAACCUGAAUCUGAAAAUCCGGAAAGAUCAACAGAAAAUCUGGAAAAGUCCACUCCUCCAGAAGCUACAGAGGAAGAAGCUCAGGAGGAACCAGCAGUAGAAACACUGAGAAACUUUGAAGAAGCUGAAGAAGGAGCUCAAAUAGCCAGACUGGAAGCUAGUGAAACUCCAGUUACUAUUCUUGAGCAACAAACCAAAGAUGUAGUAACCAACUUUCACUUCCAUAGUUCUUCCACAUCCACCUUUCCGGAUGAGAUGCCGGAAUCCUGGACCAAGAAAGCCUCAUUCAGGCAAGACCUAGAGAAGGUAGAAAUGAGACACAGUCAAAUUCUAGAGAAGAAUGAAGAGAAAUAUAGCUCAAACCUUAAGGAAAUAAGCCAAUCGGUGAACAAAACUGUAGAGAUCAUCUCUCUAUUGAGUAAUUCUGAGAGCAAUACAAUUAUGGCUUAUGCCUCUGACUGCCAUCUUCAACUCAAAGAAGCCAUGGAAAUCCAGCUGCAGAUUGCCAGUGUCACAACCAGUCUUCAGAAGCAGAUGUCAUUUCUCCAAAUGGACAUCAGGUCAGCCCUGGCAGUAUCAUCAGCAAACCAAGUGGUAACUCAAGAUUACCUGAAGAUUCUUGCUGACAAUCAGAAGGAGGCAUUCAAGCUUUUCAAGCACUUUGGAACCUUCAUUGCCAAACACAAACUGGAUGUGAUUGUCCAACACAAAAGUUUACCUCCAAUUCCAAAGCUUCCGAUUCAAGCCAAACAGGGAGAGAUCGCGUACAUUCCAACUCAUUUGAACAUGACGGAACUGAUUUUGGAGGCCCAGCAGAGCAAUCCGGAAAACUCAAUUCAACAUCUGUCAAACAAUGAGUUUGAUGGAACAGAUGAGUUAGGAACCUUUGCCUCCCACUUCGCAAAUGAUGCUCAGACAAAGGAGAGAUAUAACAAUCUCAAGCGCAUCAAGGAAGAAUGUGGAGUUAUGCAAAGCACUGGUGAGGCUGUCGGAUCAUCUAAACGCAAGAAGAAUUGAAGGACCUUUUCAUCAAAACAGGGGGAAGUCUUGAUACAUUAUUUAUGUUUUGAUGAAAACACCUUCUUGUUUAAACAUUAGUCUGUGUUUAAACACUUUUGACGGAAAUUGCGUGCGAAGAAGAUGAAGAAGAUGUUUUGGCGAAGCUUUCCGGCGACUCCUCCUCUGGACGGAAAUUGCGUGCGAAGAAGAUGAAGACAUGAGGAGGGCCGUACAUAUGCCACACUUCCUAAUUGUAACGGAAAUGGUUUCCUCCCCUUAUUUAUUAGAGUAAUGAUAGAGUCACAAACAAACAGUUCACAAAAUUCACAAACUUACCUUUUUAACACUUUUCUAGAAAUAAGAUGCACUCAAAUUA